AUGGAGCCCCUCCUCCUCGGAUCUCUUCCAAAUACUCUCCCCCAGUUGUGCAGAAUGUUUUCUCUUUUGUUCACGGUUACUUUUAUCUAUUGUAAUAUAAUAAAGAGCCUGGGAUCAUCGCUGGAGGACCCAGAGCCAGAUGAAGCAAGAGGAGACGGAGGCGAAGACAAAGAAAAGCAUCUUGGCACGGUUCGUUUUAAUGGGGGAACAACAAACCAAUUGUUCAAUCAGACAUGUAGACCUGUAGCCGGCGGCAGGCCUAACUGCGGACAGCGCCGGUACAAGCUCGUCCAGCCUGCCUGGCUCAAAGUUGGAAAUAUGAAGGCGAUGCUGCGUGGUUUCCUGCCGGACAGCGUGCCACUCACCGGAAGCCGGCGGAGAAGGCGGAGGACGAGCUCCGGCUGCACACGGCGCAGGCGCACGCUGCCGUGUCGGUGGCGCAGCUCGCUGCGGCGGUCGCGGCAUCGUGUCGGCGUGCGACCUGAGGCCGGCGGCCUCGGCCAGCGCUGGCGACAGGAGGCUAGGCGCGGUGCUCGCGUCCGCCGCGGCGCUGGUGGCCACCGUUUGAGGGGAGCCGCGACGCUGAAGCAAAGGGCAGCUGACCUCAGGGGAAUCAGCACCAGCACCAGCAGCAACGCCAUGGCCAUGAGCGUCAGCGCUGGCAUCCAGAAGGGCACGACUCUCAGAGUCUGUCUGCCUUGUGGAAGGGUGCGGGUGAGGACGGUGUCCGUCUUCCCGCGGCGCGGCGACGGCGCAGCGGUGGUGCUGCGGCUGGGGAAGAAGCGCCUGCACGGCGCGUUCGCCACCUUCAAGGACUAUGUGGUCUCGGCGGUUGGAGACGGCGGCGGCGAGACGGUGGUGGAGGGGCGGCCGGCGUUCCCGGUGGCGCUGAUCACGUCAGAGGAAGGGGUGACGGUGCAGCUGCUGUUCGAGCACCAGACGCACUGCAAGGUCUGGAAGGCCGCCAUCGAGGGCAUGCUGGCCGAAAAGAAGCUCAAGCGCGACAACCAACUGAACUGA